AUGGGGAAGAAGUGGAGGGAUGCGGCGGAAAUGGAGCGGGGCGGCUCGGACCGAGAGGACGGCGGGGAAAGCCGCAGGUGCAGCCGGAACGCCAGCCGGGGCAGGUUUGCCGAGUCGUGGAAAAGGUUAAGUUCCAAGCAGGGGUCCACCAAGCGCUCGGGACUCCCGUCGCAGCAAACGCCGGCUCAGAAAUCCUGGAUAGAAAGAGCAUUUUAUAAAAGAGAAUGUGUUCACAUCAUACCCAGCACCAAAGACCCCCAUAGGUGUUGCUGCGGGCGUCUAAUAGGCCAGCAUGUGGGCCUCACUCCCAGUAUCUCCGUUCUUCAGAAUGAGAAAAAUGAGAGUCGCCUCUCCCGAAAUGACAUCCAGUCCGAGAAGUGGUCCAUCAGCAAGCACACUCAACUCAGCCCCACGGAUGCUUUCGGGACCAUUGAGUUCCAAGGAGGUGGCCAUUCCAACAAAGCCAUGUAUGUGCGAGUAUCUUUCGAUACAAAACCUGAUCUCCUCUUACACCUGAUGACCAAGGAAUGGCAGUUGGAGCUUCCCAAGCUUCUCAUCUCUGUCCAUGGAGGCCUGCAGAACUUUGAACUCCAGCCAAAACUCAAGCAAGUCUUCGGGAAAGGUCUUAUCAAAGCAGCCAUGACAACCGGAGCGUGGAUAUUCACUGGAGGGGUUAACACAGGUGUUAUUCGUCAUGUUGGCGAUGCCUUGAAGGACCAUGCAUCUAAGUCUCGAGGGAAGAUAUGUACCAUAGGUAUCGCCCCCUGGGGAAUUGUGGAAAACCAGGAGGAUCUGAUUGGAAGAGAUGUUGUCCGGCCAUAUCAGACCAUGUCCAAUCCUAUGAGCAAGCUCACUGUUCUCAACAGCAUGCAUUCCCACUUCAUUCUGGCUGACAACGGGACCACCGGGAAAUAUGGAGCAGAGGUGAAACUCAGGAGACAGCUGGAAAAGCAUAUUUCACUCCAGAAGAUAAACACAAGAAUCGGCCAAGGCGUUCCAGUGGUGGCGCUCAUUGUGGAAGGAGGACCCAAUGUGAUCUCAAUUGUCUUGGAGUACCUUCGAGACACCCCUCCCGUGCCCGUUGUUGUCUGCGAUGGGAGUGGACGGGCAUCCGACAUCCUGGCGUUUGGACAUAAAUAUUCAGAAGAAGGCGGACUUAUCAACGAAUCUUUGCGGGACCAGCUGCUGGUGACCAUCCAGAAGACCUUCACGUACACUCGAACGCAAGCGCAGCAUCUGUUCAUCGUCCUCAUGGAGUGCAUGAAGAAGAAGGAACUGAUUACAGUGUUUCGGAUGGGAUCAGAAGGACACCAGGACAUUGAUUUAGCUAUCCUGACAGCUUUGCUCAAAGGAGCCAAUGCCUCUGCCCCCGACCAACUGAGCUUGGCCUUAGCCUGGAACCGAGUCGACAUCGCUCGCAGCCAGAUCUUUAUUUAUGGGCAACAGUGGCCGGUGGGGUCUUUGGAACAAGCCAUGUUGGAUGCCCUAGUUCUGGACAGAGUGGAUUUUGUGAAAUUGCUCAUAGAAAAUGGAGUAAGCAUGCACCGUUUUCUCACCAUCUCCAGACUAGAGGAAUUGUACAAUACGAGACAUGGGCCCUCAAACACAUUGUACCACUUGGUCAGGGAUGUCAAAAAGCGAGAAUAUCCAGGUUUCGGUUGGAUCUAUUUUAAGGGGAACCUGCCUCCUGACUACAGAAUCAGCCUAAUCGACAUUGGCCUGGUGAUAGAAUACCUGAUGGGCGGAGCUUAUCGCUGCAACUACACGCGCAAGCGCUUCCGGACACUCUACCACAAUCUCUUCGGCCCCAAGAGGCCCAAAGCCUUGAAACUAUUGGGAAUGGAGGAUGACGUUCCCUUGAGGAGAGGAAGAAAGACAACCAAGAAGCGUGAAGAAGAGGUAGACAUUGACUUGGAUGACCCUGAGAUCAACCACUUUCCUUUCCCUUUCCACGAGCUGAUGGUGUGGGCCGUCCUGAUGAAGCGGCAGAAAAUGGCCUUGUUCUUCUGGCAGCAUGGCGAGGAGGCCAUGGCCAAGGCCCUGGUGGCCUGCAAGCUCUGCAAAGCCAUGGCUCAUGAGGCUUCCGAGAACGACAUGGUCGAUGACAUCUCCCAGGAGCUGAACCACAACUCCAGGGACUUUGGCCAGCUGGCCGUGGAGCUCCUGGACCAGUCCUACAAGCAGGAUGAGCAACUGGCCAUGAAGCUGCUGACAUAUGAGCUAAAGAACUGGAGCAACGCCACAUGCCUGCAGCUCGCGGUGGCUGCCAAGCACCGCGACUUCAUCGCACACACGUGCAGCCAGAUGUUGCUCACAGACAUGUGGAUGGGCCGGCUCCGGAUGCGCAAGAACUCAGGCCUCAAGGUAAUUCUGGGAAUUCUACUUCCUCCUUCAAUUCUCAGCUUGGAGUUCAAGAACAAAGACGACAUGCCUUAUAUGACUCAGGCCCAGGAAAUCCAUCUCCAAGAGAAGGAGCCAGAAGAACCAGAAAAACCCACGAAAGAAAAAGACGAAGAGGAUAUGGAACUGACAGCAAUGUUGGGACGAAGCAACGGGGAAUCUUCCAGGAAGAAGGAUGAAGAAGAAGUUCAGAGCAGGCACCGGUUAAUCCCCUUGGGCAGAAAAAUCUACGAGUUCUACAAUGCCCCCAUCGUGAAGUUCUGGUUCUACACUCUGGCGUACAUCGGAUACCUGAUGCUCUUCAACUAUAUCGUGUUAGUGAAGAUGGAGCGCUGGCCUUCCACCCAGGAAUGGAUCGUCAUUUCCUACAUCUUCACCCUGGGAAUAGAAAAGAUGAGAGAGAUUCUGAUGUCAGAGCCAGGGAAGUUGCUACAGAAAGUGAAGGUAUGGCUGCAGGAGUACUGGAAUGUCACAGACCUCAUAGCCAUCCUUCUGUUCUCUGUUGGAAUGAUCCUUCGUCUCCAAGACCAGCCCUUCAGGAGUGAUGGGAGGGUCAUCUAUUGUGUGAACAUCAUUUAUUGGUACAUCCGUCUGUUAGACAUCUUCGGCGUGAACAAAUACUUGGGCCCAUAUGUAAUGAUGAUUGGAAAAAUGAUGAUAGACAUGAUGUACUUUGUCAUCAUUAUGCUGGUGGUGCUGAUGAGUUUUGGGGUUGCCAGGCAAGCCAUUCUCUUUCCCAAUGAGGAGCCAUCAUGGAAGUUGGCCAAGAACAUCUUCUACAUGCCCUAUUGGAUGAUUUAUGGGGAAGUGUUUGCGGACCAGAUAGACCCUCCCUGUGGACAGAAUGAGACCCGAGAGGACGGCAAAAUAAUUCAGCUGCCUCCUUGCAAGACUGGAGCCUGGAUCGUGCCAGCCAUUAUGGCCUGCUACCUUUUAGUGGCCAACAUCCUGCUGGUCAACCUCCUCAUCGCUGUCUUCAACAAUACGUUUUUUGAGGUAAAAUCAAUAUCCAACCAAGUGUGGAAGUUUCAGAGGUACCAGCUCAUCAUGACUUUCCAUGAAAGGCCGGUCCUGCCCCCACCUCUGAUCAUCUUCAGCCACAUGACCAUGAUAUUCCAGCACCUGUGCUGCCGGUGGAGGAAGCACGAGGGUGACCCAGAUGAAAGGGACUACGGCCUGAAACUGUUCAUCACUGAUGAUGAGCUCAAGAAAGUGCAUGACUUUGAAGAGCAGUGCAUAGAGGAGUAUUUCAGAGAAAAGGAUGAUCGCUUCAACUCGUCCAAUGACGAGAGGAUACGGGUGACUUCGGAAAGGGUGGAGAACAUGUCCAUGCGACUGGAGGAAGUCAACGAGAGAGAGCACUGCAUGAAGGCUUCACUCCAGACCGUGGACAUCCGGCUGGCGCAGCUCGAGGACCUCAUCGGGCGCAUGGCCACGGCCCUGGAGCGCCUAACAGGUCUGGAGCGAGCCGAGUCCAACAAAAUCCGUUCUCGGACCUCCUCGGACUGCACGGACGCAGCCUACAUCGUCCGCCAGAGCAGCUUCAACAGCCAGGAGGGGAACACCUUCAAGCUCCAAGAGAGUAUAGACCCUGCAGGUGAGGAGACCAUGUCCCCAACUUCUCCAACCCUAAUGCCCCGUAUGCGAAGCCAUUCUUUCUAUUCGGUCAAUAUGAAAGACAAAGGUGGUAUAGAAAAGUUGGAAAGUCUUUUUAAAGAAAGGUCCCUGAGCCUGCACCGGGCUACUAGUUCCCACUCUAUAGCAAAGGAAUCCAAAACUCCUGCAGCCCCUGCAAACACCUUGGCCAUUGUUCCCGAUUCCAGAAGACCAUCGUCAUGUAUAGACAUCUAUGUCUCGGCCAUGGAUGAGCUCCACUGUGAUAUCGACCCUCUGGACAAUUCCAUGAACAUCCUUGGGCUGGGCGAGCCCAGCUUUUUUGCUCAAGUUCCUUCCACCGCUCCUUCAAGUAGUGCCUAUGCGACUCUCGCACCCACAGACAGACCUCCAAGCCGGAGCAUUGAUUUCGAGGACAUCACCUCCGUGGACACUCGAUCUUUUUCUUCAGACUACACCCACCUCCCAGAGUGCCACAACCCCUGGGACACUGACCCGCCCACCUACCACGCCAUCGAGCGUUCCAAAAGCAGCCGCUACCUGCCCAGCGCGCCCUUCCUUCUAGAGGAGGCCCCCAUCGUGAAGUCGCACAGCUUUAUGUUUUCUCCUUCGAGGAGCUAUUAUGCCAACUUUGGGGUGCCCGUGAAAACGGCGGAAUACACGAGCAUUACGGACUGCAUUGACACCAGGUGUGUCAGUGCCCCGCAAGCAAUUGCCGACAGAGCCACCUUCCCUGGAGGUCUGGGGGGCAAAGCGGAGGACUCCUCUUGCUGCCACCCGGAGCGAGAAGCAGAGCUGAGUCACCCCAGCUCUGACACUGAGGAGAAUGAGGCCAAAGGCCGGAGGGCCGCCCUCGCCAUCCCCUCGCAGGAGGGCGAUACCGCCGACAGAACCCUGUCCAACAACAUCACGGUUCCCAAGAUAGAGCGCGCCAACAGCUACUCAGCGGAGGAGCCCAGCGCGCCGUAUGCACACACCAGGAAGAGCUUCUCCAUCAGUGACAAACUCGACAGGCAGCGGAACACAGCAAGCCUGCGGAACCCCUUCCAGAGGAGCAAAUCCUCCAAGCCGGAGGGCCGAGGGGACAGCCUGUCCAUGAGGAGGCUGUCCAGAACGUCCGCUUUCCACAGCUUUGAAAGCAAGCACAACUAACCCCUCCCUAAGCAGCAUUGCCGGAGGCUCCAGAACCCAGCCCUAGAAUCCUCCCCGAACUCCACCUGCUCCCCUU